CGAGUAUAUGUAAAAUUUUGUACUGAAUAUCACUAAGCGAACCUCGAAACCCUCUCUUCUGUAAGAAAAAAGCUAUCUGAACUUCAUACCUACAACAUUUUCUUGAGAACAUAGAAAAAAAGUGCUUUUUUAUUUAUUAAUAAGUUUUUUUUUUGUUUUUAGAAAAUCGGUUAUUCGAUUCUUCAACAUUCGUUGGUUUGAAAACAAUGAAAUAUGGCUGUGUGCAGUUCAAUCCAACAAUUGGUCAAAUACAAAAUAACAUAGAAAAACUUUUAUCACUCUUGAAAAAACACGAAGAUGCUCUUCGUUCAGUGGACUUGCUGGUAUUUCCGGAAUUGGUCUUGUCAGGCUACAACUUCAAAAGUCGGCCUGAAAUUGAACCAUUCCUGGAGGAUGUUCAAAACGAGCAAAGUCCUAGUUUGUCUUUCGCUAAGCGUGUAGCUGAGCAGUACCGCUGUUAUACUAUCAUUGGUUUUCCGGAGAUCCAGAGAAUUAAAGACCAAGCCUGCUACUACAAUAGCACGGCUUUGGUUUCCCCCCAGGCGAAGCUAUUAAGGAUAUAUCAAAAGCAUUUUCUUUACGACACCGAUAAAACUUGGGCAAAGCAAGGUGAAGGGUUUAUGUAUGAUGAUUCUCUGCCCAAAUUAGGUCCUAUUUCAAUGGCUAUCUGUAUGGACAUUAAUCCAAAAGACUUUAUUGCUCCCUUUGAGAAGUUUGAGUAUGCCAAUUUCAUCAAAAGCCAAUUAAUGAAAGAGAGUGCCGUGAACGCUUCAAAGAGACAGAUGUCUCCAGUUAUUUCUUUAAGUAUGGCCUGGCUGCUUUGUGACUCCGAUUGCCUGGAGGUUUCUCAGCCAGAUCUAAUGAGCGUUAAAUAUUGGAUGGCUAGACUCUCUCCUUUAAUUGACAUGGAAAAAGAUUGCACCCUUCUUAUUGCUAAUCGUUGGGGUCAGGAAAGAGACGUUACAUUUGCUGGUUCAAGUUGCAUUUUACGGAUUGGACACGGUAAAGCUGUGAUUUACAGUUUAUUAAAUGCAACAGAAGAUAACAUUGCUUUCGCAGAAUUUAAUGAUUAAUGGUUUACAAAGAUAAACUACUUCCCAUGUAUUUUCUUGCCCUGCUUAAAAUGAACGAAAAACAUCUGAAGUCAUAUAAUUGGUCUAUACUGUACAAUUGUAAUUUUCAAGGAGAAAUUUUACAUACCAAACAAGAAGGCCAGCUCCUUUGUAUCGAGGCGUGAAAUUUCCCGUAAACCCUUCUCGCCUAAUGCGCUAUCAAUUAAUUCUCUCUUUUUCUC